AUGAAGGUCGCAGUUGCCCAAUACGCCACGUGCGAAACCCUCGCCAAGACUCUGGAUCUCCUCGAGGGCAUAACGAAGAGCGCCACCGAGCAGGUAGUAGAUCUCCUUCUCUUCCCCGAGGCCUUCCUGGGGGGGUAUCCGCGAACGUGCAAUUUCGGGGUCGCAGUGGGCUCGCGCAGCGAGCACGGGAGGGAUCAGUAUUAUGAGUACUGGAAGCAGUGUGUGGACCUGGGGGACUCGUGUCCCGAUGGGACAGGCGUGUAUCGGGAGGGGGCGGGGGAUGGGACCAGGGAGAGGUUAGAGAAGGUGGCGAGGGAGUCGAUGGUGUUUUUGGUAGUGGGGGUGGUGGAGAAGUGUGGGGGGAGCUUGUAUUGUGCGUGUGUGUUUGUGGAUCCAGAGAGGGGAGUGGUGGGGAAGAGGAGGAAGGUUAUGCCGACAGGUGCGGAGAGGGUGGUUUGGGGGGUGGGAUCGCCGAAAACGUUGAAGGCCGUGGAUGCAACGUUAUGUGCCGAGAAGGUGACGCUGGGGGCGGCAAUCUGCUGGGAGAAUUACAUGCCACUUCUCCGCGCAUCACUCUAUGCCCAAGGCGUAUCAAUAUACCUCGCGCCCACUGCUGACGCCCGAGAGUCGUGGAUGUACACUAUGCGCCACAUCGCAAUGGAAGGACGGUGCUUCGUGCUCACCUGCAAUCAGUAUGUGGACACAACUACACUCCCACCGUUCGUAGAUCAAUAUGUCGACGUUCAGAAUAUCGAUACCACGCCGGAGAUUCUCUCGUCAGGCGGGAGUGCUAUUGUGGAUCCAAUGGGGAAUGUACUGCAGGGGCCGAUUGUGGGCAAGGAGGGCCUGCUGGUGCAUAAUAUUAAGAACUUGGAGCAGGAGGUGGUGCGUGCGAAGAUGGACAUGGAUGUGGGUUUCGGCGGGCAUUAUUCUAGAGGAGAUGUGUUUAAGCUCAGUAUAAAGGGGUUGGAUCUGAGGGGGCGGGAAUGA